AUGAAGGGUUCAUCAGUUAUGUUCAAUGAAGCGGGAAGAAGUAUCGAGUCCAGCUGUCUGAUUUUUAAAAAUAAAACGUGGACACGGUGUUACUUAUUAUGUUCACAACCGAAUGACAUCAGUGUCGUUGUGCUCUAUAUUUACAAAAAUCAUAAGCGACGUUUAAAAAAUAGCGAAACAUCAGCGAUCUCACUUGGUACCUUCGUAGGCUUGGAAACUGGUUUUGAGUUGAAAAAGCAGAAUAAUACAAUGUGUGUUAUUACGCAACUAGAUAUUUUGACUGUUUCGUUCCAAACAGCUGAAAUACUAACAAUGUGGGAGACUUGGAUUUAUCAUACGUGCUUCAAAGGUUCACUAUUUUAUGCACAGCUGGUGGGUGCACCCGAAUCAAGUCGUGCAUAUGACUCGUUAAAUUGCGAAGUUCGAUUGCAUAUCCAUGAUGGCCGGAUAGCACUUGUUGAUGGCUAUCCACAACGUCUGAUUGGUUUCUGGUUUCUGAACGAAAUCAUUCGGGUUUGUUUUAACGACAAUAAGUUGCAAUUCUUCGCAAAUGAUAGAAGUGGUUUGGAUGAUGGCAUGUAUUCUCUGGUUUGUGGACGAAUACAGCUCCUCGAGAAGCACUACAAUUUAGCUAAUAAACCUGGAUUACUUACCGCAUUCUUGAAGCAGAAAGAAGGUGAUGGAUUAUGGUAUGAGGAUAAAUUCACUGAUUCUUCAAAAAUGGUAAUCCAGCAUUCCAGUAUGUGUAACAUUCAAAACUCUGAAACGAAUCAUUUUCGCCUUUCCAGUGUACGUAGAACUUCGAGCCAAAAAUCAAAAACAUCAGGUACUUUUCCUUCACAUUCAGUUCUCGACACUAUUCCAAUGUCCCCAACUGAUGCAUCUGCUUCAUAUGUCAAUGUGCUGACCGAUUCCAGAUUUCUUCCGUUAUCUAAUGCACCAUCGAUGGUAUCGUGUUGUGUGCCGUAUGUAAAUGAUAUAGGUGAGGAAUGCCAGCACUCGCAGAGUGAACCUUCCGUUUUAUCCGCCGGUCACUGGGAUAGAUCAUCCGAUGUCCUCCUCAAUUCACCCACCAAGGAUCGCAAUAUUCCAGUAUUCUCGACGACCAGUACGUCAACUAAAUGCUUAUCACGUGCAGAUAGUUGGCCAAGACCAAUGACUAAUGAAACCAUCCGAGGGAGAGAAAUGUCUGUGCGUACUCGGAAAUGGUGUGCCAUUAACGGUAGAGAAACUAAAGGACGAUUUGUGAAGCAAGAAAAAAAAAGUGCUGGGAGCAAACCUUAUGAAUGUGGCAGCUUUCGGGGACAAUCUGAACGUCUCCCAAAACGUUCAAGGUCAUUGGGAAUGGAAUCUAAAUAUUUAAAUUCAUCACGAGAGAGAAAUUGGAACCGCGCAAAACGCAUUAUCGGUGGUGUGAGAAAAUCGAUUAAUGAUUUAAAUGCUUGUAAAUUUUCGUCAUCACUGGAUAAAUUAGCAUUACCGUCAGUGUUGCAUCAUGAAGCAGUGGCAGUGGCAUCAUCAUCCAAUGAUGACACUAACCAAGUUGAUCGAGUAAUACCUGAUGGUUUGCAGGAACUAGAAUUCACAACCCAAGGUUUUGCCUCAUCAUUAUCUUCGCAAUCUAUGAAUAGAUUACCUGGCCUAAUCAAAUUACCACCCAGAAAAUUUAGCCUUAUACGUGCUCGUCAUAUACCCACUAAAAGCCUGCAAAAUUCGAUUUCAGGUUCAUUUUCGAAGUAUGACGGUGAACGAUCCGCGAAUCAUUUCAAUCUAGAAGAUGCCAAAUGCACGGGACUUGUGGUUGACAGUAUCGAAUCGGCAGUGGAGAAGAGUCGAGCUCGUUUACUUGAAGCUGAACGGCGAAAUUCGGGUUUUACUGACAGAACAAGUCCAACAACUUCGUCUAGCCGUUCAGGCUGGACAGCACUGUCAGAAAACAUGGAAAUACCGUCGACUGCGUCAACUAUCGGUCCUUCUCACGUUACUGAAUCUUGUUUACUGAACUACGAUCAGAAAUCUCCAGUAAAAACUGUUGUACCAACCGUCAAUGAAUGCUGCAAUUCUUUGAACUUUUCGAUGACAUCUGAUCGACAAUCUAUCAAAAAUGAAAGCCUUUCUCCAAUUUCAGUGAGAACAGAUAUGGAACUGUCAAGGAAGGAGCCAUCCAGGGUUGGAAGUUUGAAGAGUUCUUUAACAGCUGCAAAGGAGAUGAAUGCAGAAAAACCCCAGCCAAUACUACUGUGCACAGCAGCGGCCUCACUUUCAGGAAGUUACUGUAAUUUGGAAACUAAAGUUAGAAGAAAUCUACCGCAAAAAUCAGCCGAAGCUUCGCGUACGGUUUAUGUACAAAUCGAUCCUGUGGCUACACUUGGCGCGACACAGACCCAACAAACAAUGAUGAGAGAUCGUGCACGCGUUGGCAACUUAAUUAAAAAUAAACACUUUUCCAGUCAAAAUAACGUGGAAAGCAAAGAUCGAAGUGAUGAAGGAUGUAACAGAAGUGGUUUUUUUACCCGUCGUUUGUGGCGGAAAUUGCCAAUGUCGAAGUCAUAUUCUGAUCUCCGUUUCUGA